UGGUGCCAAAUGGGGAACUCGCAUCCCUUUGACUUGCUUUUCUUCCGUGGACGCGACCGCUACGACUUGCUUCUGCUUUCUUUGACGAUGGAAGACGUGUCGAUGGCCAGCUCGAGCCAAUCGCACAUCACCAACCCAGAAGCUGAUGCAACCCAGUCCACACAACCAGCUUACAGUCAAGAGGCGGAGGACACGAACGACUGCUGGGGGCUGCUCAUACCCGCGAGUGGCGGUGCGCAAAAGGUUCGGCUUCUGCGUACCCAGGCGGUAUAUACUAUUGGGAGAAGGAAGAGCAGCAACCUUUGUUUGGACAGCAACCAUAUUAGCAGCGACCAUGCUACUAUCACAUGGAACAGCGUCGGCGGGGAUGUCCUGAUCCAUGACCACUCGUCCAACGGCACUUGGCUGGGUAACGACAGAAUCGGGAAGAACAACACACGCGUACUGGAAGAUGGAAUGCAGAUAACAUUCGGGCCUAAGAAUUACAUCCGGAAGGAAGGAGAGCCUGCGCCAUCCAUUUAUAUGUUUUGCGACCUUCUCCGUGUCAAAAGAGCAAUCCAUAAACACUACGAUUUGGACAAAGAACUAGGCGUUGGCAAUUUUGCUGUCGUAUACCGUGCCCUUUCCCGGCGAAAUGCCAAGUGGGUCGCCGUCAAGGUUAUCAGUCAGGUCAGACGAUAUGCGGGAAGCGCAAGGGACGGCCUCGACGAAAUCGGCAUACUCCAAAACCUGCGUCAUACGAACAUCGUGCAGUUGUUGGAGCACUUUGAGAAUUCGGACGAUAGUCUUGACCUUGUCUUUGAGCUUGUCGAAGGCGGCGACCUUGACAGCUACAUCCGCAAAUAUAACGGCGGUGUUGGCGGUUUGUCCGAAGGUAUGACCCGCCAUUUGGCGGACCAGAUUUGUGCGGGCACCGCCUUUAUCCACAGUAACAACAUAACGCACCGGGACUUGAAACCUGAGAACAUUCUUCUAACAGUGGACGACCCUCCAAAGGUCAAAAUCGCUGACUUUGGGGUUGCGAAGCUGACCACAGAAGGGACAGACUUGAAGACCAUUUGCGGAACUCUGCAAUAUAUGGCCCCCGAAAUUCUCAGCCGUCUUUCGACAGACCCGCCAUAUACGCACCGUGUAGACAGCUGGAGCAUUGGGUGUCUCAUUUUCACCAUGUUCACCACACAUGUCCCGUGGCCUCCUUCGAAUGACAGUCCUGUCGAUCUCCGAGACUUGAUGGCACAACGAGGCAUCGCUGGCAUCCAGUGGGACUUCAUCACUCGCAAGAACCUCUCCAAGCCAGCCCGACAAUUUCUAGACAGUCUGCUCAUGUUCAAUCCCGACCAGCGAUUGGACCUCAGCAAGGCCCGAUCCCAGCCGUGGAUGUCGAAUUUUAAACGCGCAUAUGUCAUUGACGCUGACACCGGGGACCUCACGCGUUCACUCAGCUGGCGCGACUCCACGGCUGAUUUUGGAAAGACAAUAUCAAGUCCCAACGACCUUGUCCGUGAAAAGACAGUCGACCCAUAUGAAAAUGAAAACGAGGAGGAAGUUCACCAGCACCCGGUGGCGGGGUCGUCGUUGGACCCGUACGCUGACCCGCCGAUGCCCAUCCCUCUGGCCCGUCCUCCUCGUCAAAAGCAAUUGCCCGAUAUUGCCGAAGUAUCGGCCGAUGCCGCUUAUGCUCCGGCCACACGCAACAAAGGCAAAGGCAAGGCGAAAGCGCAAACAUCUGACCUGGUGCCUGCACCCGACUCUGCCAACAGCAGCGCAUACUUGUAUGGCAACACGGGUGCCGCGCCGUCACCGCUGGACCCAGUGCCUGAGGUGGAAGAAAUGCAGGUGGACAGGAAGACCGCUAAACGCAAGCGUGACCAUGGGGACAACGUGGUUGCGCUUGCAAUGGGCGGGGAUUCGCUGAGCAGUCUGAGCAGUAUGUCCAGCGACGGGGAGCCAGCGCAGCCAGAAUUGAAGCCAGCGGCGUCUUCAUCGAAGACACGAAAGACGGCUGCUGCUGCUGCUGCUAGACCUCCCCCGGCUAAACGGGGCAGGAUAGCGGAGCCAGAAGCAGUAAUAGCCAGCAAGAAACCUCCAUCAACGUCGAGGAAGCCUCCAUCAGCGGCACGUGCCCCCCGCAAGCCUCCGCCGCUGACUGGGAGUAAGCCUCCAAGUACAAGAGGCAGGAAACGCGCAACAACGGCCGAUCCGGAAACCGAGGAGCCAAGUAGGACACGUGCAAGACGUUGA